UUUUACAGAAAAGGAUUUCGUUUAUAUAUUUAUUCAAGCUAUGCAAUGAAACAAAAAAUAUAAUUACAAAGAAAAGAGUUUAAAAACGUGUUUCGUAAACAGUAAAGUCCGUCAGUAACAACUUUCAACGCGACACCGAUGUUAAUCUUCCAUCAUUCAAUCAUGCAAGAUACGAGAAAAGUCCAUUACAACAAUAGAUCUAAAGAUUAAGGUCGUGAUAUGAGUGUAAGGCUAAGCCAUUAUCGGUUGUGCCGUCAUCCAGGGAUUGGCCGAUCAGAGCCAAGCUUUUGCCUUGCUUGGCCACUUAAAACACCAGUCAACUGUUCACCCCUAAUGAUUCAGGGGCGGAACAAUCGUUUGUUUUCCCAGUGCGCAUGUACGGAGAGGCGGAACCACCCUUGGUGGCGACGAAUUGCACAUCCUUUUGCUGAAAAGAUAUACGAUAUUAUUUUAUUAUUCAAAGUGAAUGUGAAAAAAAUAAAUCCAUGAAAUGUUAGAAAAGAGUGAAAUGUUAAGGAAAAGAAAUUAGUAGUUUUUUAUUUCAUAUCGAAUGAAAAUCAUCAAAAUCAAAGAAUUAAGAAGAAACUGUGAAUUCAUGUGGAUGGAUAAAAAAAGAAUUUUCGAUGAACAUGAGUACAUAAGUAGCAUGUUUUAAUUGAUUAAGAUUGAAGUGAGUUAGAAUGUUUUUAAAAUAUAUUGAAUAAUUUGAGGUAUAAUUAUUUUGGUACAUUGGUGAAAAGAAAAUGAUUUGAUCAUAUUAAAGAGUGUUACACAUAGUUCUUUUAGUGUUUAUGGAGUUUGAAACUAUUUCUUUUAAAGGAAUGAGCUCUCACGCGCAUGCAAGAACAAUCUGUAGCGGAAGCGCAGUGACAAGUGCGGUUUCUGCAUUACAUUUUUUAAAGAGUUAUAGUCUAUUCACACCGACUUCAGACUUAUGCAGAUAUGAGCCAUAUAAUUCUAAAGAUUACAACUUUGGAAAUAUCGACAUUUUAGAAAGUUCAAACACACCAGAUAUAGCAAUUGGCCGGACAUCAUCGCCAUUAACAUCGCCCUCAUCUUUGUCAACAUUUUCACUUCCGGGAUCUAUACUUCAACCACCAUUCUUAUCUACAAUUCCACCUUUAAUGCAAUCUAUAAAUGUGCCUCCGACAUUUUCCAAUAGUAAUACAAAUAACAUGGUAAGUCGUCAUUUUUUGAGUGCGAAUAGCAUCACAAAUAUUCAUAAACGACCCAGAAGUGAAAAGAAACCAAUACCAGAUGAUCAAAAAGACGAAAAAUAUUAUGAAAGACGUAAACGUAAUAACCAAGCUGCAAAGAAAUCUCGAGAUGCUCGGAAAAUUAGAGAAGAUAAUAUUGCAUUGCGAGCAACUAUAUUAGAGCAUGAAAACGCAAUUUUAAGGGCGCAAGUGAUAACUCUUCGUGAAGAAGCGCAAUGUCUUCGACAUAUGUUGAUUAAACAACAAACAUCACCGUUACAAUCUAUUAAUCGGUCAAUUUCUUCGAUAACACCUGUUACAUUAUCACCUCCGCAUUCAACGGCAACUUUAGAUUGCCAAAUUUGAAGUAUACUAUUAAUAAAAAAACGUCAUAGCUGACAAUUCUUGGCAAUCAAAUGAAUAUUUUUUAAUAAUUAUAUAGGAAACAUAUUAUAUUCAUAAAGUGAUAUUAAAUUAUUUAAAUUGUUGUGUUAAGGUUUUUUAAAUUUUAUGAAA